ACAAGUGCUCACAAUAUUCCUCAAAGACUCUCAUCUACCCCAAGAAAUAAAAUAGCUAUCGUCAUCAAUAUGAAACCAUAUCUUCUCUCCCUGUUACUUAUCUUUGUCAUUCUCGACACAGUCCCAACAAUCUCAUCAUCGCUAACAUUCGAAUUUAAGCCACUACCACUAAAGACCAAUAACCCAAAACUAACAAAAAACAUCCAAAAGGCACUAGAUAAAUCUUUAUCCGGUUUCCCAAAAAGUGUUAUUAACAAAGUCCUCAAUAAAGAAUUAUUGAGGACCUACAUUAUUAACUAUUUCAAGAAUACAGAUAAAAAGGGAAAUUUAAAAACCCGACGACCUCCUAGCAAUUUUACAAAAGUUCGUGAAGAGUGGCACAAAUUAAUGCCAAAGAGUAGUCAAAUUAAUAAAGUGGAAAUCGACGGCCUCAAGACGGUGAAAGAGUAUUUGUCCAGAUACGGAUACAUGCCGCGCUCCAAAUCAUUCACCAACGUCCUCGACCGCCGCACGGAAUCAGCUAUCGAGGACUACCAGAAGUUCUUCAAUCUGAAAGCUAGCGGAACCUUAGACGACAAAGAAACUGUUAAACAGAUGUCCCUGCUACGGUGCGGUGUACCGGACGUGAAUUCCUUCCAACUCUCCGAAACCUUGUUAUGGCCUCUUGGCACGGGUUGGUUCCCCAAGCACCGCACGGAGCUCACCUAUGGAUUUUACCCGGCGAGCAAGUUCUCGCCGAAGGCGAUCAAGGUGUUCAGAGAUUCGUUCAAGCGGUGGUCGCUUCCCUUACGGGGGUUCAUCAACUUCACGGAGGCGAAGGCUUUCGAUAAGGCGAACAUCCAGAUUGGCUAUGCCGCCAUGAACGAACUAUUUGGAGUGGAAGCGGUGGGGGCCGCAUUUAUGGUAAAGCAGUCCAAUUAUCAUCGUAUAUUCAUGCUUAUUGAUAGCUCCAAGUACUGGGCGUAUCCCGACGACAACUUGGCUGACACACCGCUGUGGAAAUUAGGGGUGGUUGACUUGGAGACGGUGGCGAUGCACCAGAUUGGUCACGUUCUGGGGCUUAACCACUCGUCUCACAAGGAAUCCGUUAUGUAUCCUUCCAUUUUGCCGGACCAGCAAAGGAAGGUGGACCUUUCAAAGGACGAUAAAGAGCAGAUCCGUAAAGCUUUCUACAUUGUGCCCUAAGCUGGUUUGCUCGAAUUUGCUACUUGUGUGUUUUUACGGGUUUAACCCUAAAUAAAUCUUAAAUAAGUAUUGGGUUAGAUUAUAUAUGUUUCAAAUAAAACAUAUAUACCAUGCUUCUAAUAUUAGCAUGGCAUAGCAUUAUUCAUCUACCUAAUACUCUUUUUAACUAUCAAAUAAUUUUUAUGUUGUGAGGAAAUGUACUUUUCUAUCUUUAGUCGCUGUUUGGGUAUUGCACCAUACAUUGGGUUAAUUACCUCAUCAGCAGUGUACUUUGAUUUGUUUUCUGGAAUAAAAUUGUAUGGUCAUCAAACUUUUUAGUGAAA